AUGUGGCUUGGGAGACAGGUUGGAUUGGCCCCUCGGCUCGUAAAUUUCAUUGUCGUAAAGUACCCACUUUAUCGCCUUAUCCACACCAGUCGCUGUCGCUGUGUUAAGGCCCGCCAUGGCAUAGUUGGGAGGUGCCGACCGUUCAGGACCUACAAUAAAAUACCGAAAAAGUACGUGUCUGGUGAACAAAAAGAAGAGCACAUGUCUCUGCGUGCAUUUGAAGCAAGAAAAAUUGCCCUCUUGGAAAUACCUAACAGUGAAAGAGGUAGAAAUAAUGGUGGAUAUGACUAA